AUGAAAGACAAUUGGAAUGUCUAUUUUAGCAAUGAGAAAGUUGCUGAUGCAUUAGCACACUCAUUUCAAGAUCUUGGCUUUGGAUACGGCAAAGAUGCAUGGCAUGUGUUUUAUUUCGGCGAGAAAAUACCGGAUGCAAUGCCUUCAUCAUUUCAAAUACUUAGACCCUACGCUGGUUACGCCAGAGAUUCAUGGUAUGUGUACUAUUUCGGAAAGAAGAUACCAUAUGCAAAGCCUUCAUCAUUUCAAAUAAUUCAACCAUACGUUGGUUACACCAAAGAUAUAUGGAAUGUUUAUUAUUUCGGAGAGAAAGUGCCAGAUACUACUCCUCAUACAUUUCAAUCCCUGGGCAAUGGUUAUGGUAAAGAUAGCUGGGCUCAUGCUUAUGAUACUGAACAAGAGAGAAUGAUUGACAGAAUUAAAUGCAUCGCUUUUCGUGCAGCUCGCGAUGCUGGUGCAACAUUUAUUAAUCGACAAUGGAUCGCGGACAAAAUUCACCGCACAACUAGAUUUGUUACAGCAUGGUGGGAAAAAUCAUAUGACCGAUGUUUUACUGAUUAUUCAAACGCUGGUUGCAAGCUCAAAUUAUCACAAACAAGUCAAGACAUCAUUCAUAAAGCAAGUGGUCGACAAAGAAAUAGUUGUUCUAUUGUGGCGAAAGAGAUUGCAAAAGAGCAAAAGAAGUACGUCACUGGAAGAACAAUCAAUAAUUAUCGUCAUAGAGAAGGAUUGAAGCCAUUCCAUAUUAUUCCAAAGCCAUUAAAAUCUGAAACUCAUAUAUCAAAUCGUUUAUGGCUAUGCGACUGCUUAGAAGAUUGGACUGAAGAGGGUUUUCUUCAACUCUCACUAUCUGACGAGUUUUAUGUCUGGCUUGUGCGUACACCAAUUUAUCAAAAUGAUAGAAUUUGGAUCUUAAGUGCCGAAGAUAUUGAAGAAGAUGAAAGAUACCGUGAAAUGGUUCAAAAUCAAAUAUGCAUUGGGAUUUUUAUCAUUUUUACUUAUAAGAGAUUACUUUGGGUGAUUAAAGAUAAACGUGAAUCUUGA